GAUUUCAUUAUCUACCAUCAUAACCACCGAAAAAAACCCAUUUCUCUCUCUCUCUCUCUCUCUCUAAAACUUCAUCCUCCGUUAUUUUCAUUGAUGGAUGGAGAUAUCCCUGUUUUAUACAAAAGCAUAACAGUAAAGCUAGUCAAGUAUUAAAGAAAUCCGUAAGUGUUACUUUUACAUAUCCAUGGACAUCGGCUCAACUAUCCCCACCGCCACAGCCGGCGGUACGGAUAAAUCCCCAGAAGCUGAAACUCUAACACCUUACCGAAUCCAAACCACUAUACCCUUAACCUUCACCAACGGUGUACUGAAGCACCAUCACCCCCUGAAUCCUCCUCCUCCUCCACCUCCACCAGCGGUGGUGGUCAGUUACGGAGAAUGUCUCAGGAACCACGCCGCCAGUUUGGGAGGCCACGCCCUGGACGGCUGCGGCGAGUUCAUGCCCUCCACCGCCGCCAACCCCGCCGACCCAACCUCUCUAAAGUGCGCCGCCUGCGGGUGCCACCGCAACUUCCACCGCCGCGACCCCGAAGAACCACCUCCACAUUUCCAACACUUGAUUGAAUACCAACCCCAUCACCGCCACCAACCACUGCCUCCUCCUCCUCGAGGAGGCCAAAACAGCCCAGAUUCCCAAUCUCCGCCACCCAUCUCCUCCUCAUACUACCCCUCAGCUCCCCACAUGCUCCUGGCACUCAGCGGCGGCGGCGUAUUGGGGGCCCCACCGGAAAACAAUCCAUCAGCAGCUACAACAUCCACAAAUCCAAGAAUCCGGAAAAGAUUCCGAACAAAAUUCAGUCAGGAUCAAAAAGAGAGAAUGUUAGAAAUUGCGGAGAGAAUUGGAUGGAAGAUGCAAAAGACAGACCACGAAUUAAUCAGUGAAUUUUGCAGGGAAAUUGGGAUUGAUAAAGGCGUGUUCAAGGUUUGGAUGCAUAACCAUAAGAACACUCUUGGUAAGAGAGAUGUUAAUAAAAACAAUACUGGUACUCUUAUUGGUAAUGAUAGUAGAAAUAGUACUGACAACACCACCACCACCACCCACCACCACCAACCUUGUUGGUCCAACGCCACCACCACCACAACAACAACAACAACAACAUUGACAGACAAUCAUCAAAACACAGAGGGUCUUAGUGCAGAUGUUGCCACAAGUGGCUCCUCUUCUUCUUCUUAAUCUUCGAUGAUGGUUUAGUAAUUAAGCUAGUAACUUGUACUUGUAGUACUAUUAGUACGUUGCUCUUUUUUUAAGCAUAACAAUGGGAGAGAUCUUUCAAUAGAGAAUUUGUUGUGUCAUUUCAUUUUUUUUUUUUUUUGUUGUUGCAGUGCUCUAUUUAUUUAUUGUAUUGGUUCUGUUAAUUAGAUGUUUCUAUUUCAAGAA